AUGGCGGAUGCACCGAAGUCAGGGACCGGUGCCCCCAGUGGACAAGGUGAUGCACCUCCUGGUGGAGAAAGUGGAGCUGCUCCAACUGGCAACCAGGAGGGAGCUGAUGAUAAGGACGAGAAGAAGGAACUCGAUGGAACUGGGGCAGGAACUACAGGUGGCGAAGGAACUACUGGUGGUGCUACAGGAACUACUGGUGCUACUGGUACAGAAGCAGGAACGACGUCCGGAAAGAAAAAGAAAAAAGGUAAAAAAGGAAAGAAAAAGAAAACAGCCCAUUUCAAGAAACGAGGACAUCCAUGUUACAAAGUUCUCUGCAUCGUAUUCUCACUUUUGUCUCUAGCAAGUCUCGCAACUGCAAUGACCAUGGCAGCAUUGAUGUUAAACGAAGCAUCAAAGUGA